AUGGAAGUGGAAAUUGAUAGUGCAUUAAGAGUGUUUUGGAAAUCAAAAAAAUGGAAUGAGAAAAAAUCAACAUUUGACUCGGAUGAAAAUGUUUCAGUUCUACCCAGAAGAAGGCAUGUUAGGAAGGUCAAAGUUUUGAAACGUAGAAAAGAUAGCGAAGAGUAUCAGGAAGACAAGCAAAGGGUCACAUUCCCCUGUUCCUUAUGCAAGCAGGAAAUUGACAUGACUGGUAUUUUCUUCCAUAAGAAGCAUCAUGAAGCUCUGGCUACACUGGGUUUCCAGUGGAUGGGUGGGAGGAAACUCCCAUCUCCAGUCCUUGAGGCUCAGAGACAAUUUAUAAUUUCCCAACUAUUGUCGACUUUAGAGUUCAAUGAAAAAAUCCUACAGAACACUAAUAAUGCUUUUGAGCUACUUGGGAAAAAACAAAUCCCGUCAUACUAUAAGAUUUUUGAUAACAUUGAUGGGAGUUCCGUAUCUUCUCAACAGAUAUCUCAUCUAUUAAUUAAAGGAGUAGCCAUCUGUGGAGAUGGCAAUGCUGCAUGGAAAGUGGACAUGAAUGACAGAUUCACCAUAAUGAAUCAUUUUGGCAAAAAGCCCAAUGUGUGUUUCUUUGGUUUGUUUGACGGACAUCAUGGUGCCUCAGCCGCAGACUUGGCAUCAGUGGAACUCCCAAUUUUACUUCUCCAUCAGCUUUCCAGAUUUGAUCCUUUCUACCAAAUGACGACUGAACAGCAACGAGUAAUAAAUUCCUUCCACACUGUGUUUAGAGAAGAGUACACAGCAAUAGAAGACUUCUUCUCCUCCACACGCAAAAGGCCGAGAGCACAGAAGUACGAGUACGAGGACAUACACAAAGCAUUUGCAAAAGCAUUUUGGAGAAUGGAUAGGCUUUUACGUCUUGGAAGGAAUGAAGUUUCCAGGGUUCGAUGGAGUGGCUGUUCUGCAGUUACUUGUAUUUUGGAAGGCAGCAUUAAAAAUCCCUAUGCUGAUAAGAAUUGGAAAGAAACCAAUAACUAUGAUGGAUUGCCAAAAAGCAUCCCUUCCCAGAUGAUGCCACAAAUAAUUUCAGGAGUAUUACACAUUGCAAAUGCUGGUAAUGUACAAGCUGUCUUAUGCAGAAAUGGAAAAGGUUUUUGCUUAACCAAAGAACAUACUACACGAAACAUCAAAGAAAGAAGAAGAGUACUUCAAAAUGGAGCAGUGAUCAGUUCAAAUGAACCGUAUGGGCUCCUAGAAGGGCAAAUAAAAACCACAAGAGGACUAGGAUUUCAUGGAAGUCUCAAACUGAAAAAAUUCAUUAUCCCAGCACCUCAAACUAUUUCUAUUCCUAUGGAUGACUUAUGUCAAUUCCUUAUCUUAGCAACUAAUGGACUCUGGGAAGUUUUGGAUAAAAAGGAAGUCACUGCAAUGGUAAUAACACUGUUUCACACGUAUAAAGAAACAUAUGCCUCUAUCACACAAUUAGAAGCUCUAUCAUCUAUAGGUCCUUUGUCUCUUUCAAAAAGUGGCAGAAGUAAUACUGAAUUUGAGGGUAAUAUCCAUGUAUUGUUUCAGCGUGAAUCUGAAUCUAAAGAAUGUGUGUCAACCACAAAUUCCCAAAACUUGUCUGAUUUAAAAUAUUCUGAAUAUAGUAUUGAUGAUCCUAAAAAUGUAGAAAUACCUUCGCCAGCAACGACUAGCAAUGAGAGAGAAACUCAAGGACUAACCAGUGUAGAUGAUGUGCAAACGAGUGGAAAAGAAUCACGCAUUAAAAAUUUCUAUGAAGGUGCAGCUGAGUAUAUUAGCCAAAAACUUGUAAAUGCCGCUUUAGAGGCUGGGUCCAGAGACAACAUUACAGUUAUGGUAAUAUUUCUCAGUGGAAGUGAAUAUCAGUUGCUGCCAUAAAAAAUAAAGUUCUAAUUAUCCAGAUCACCAAAAUAUAAUGCCACAAAGCAAUUUGUUUAUGAAGCAGAUGUUAUGAUGAUACAUCAAUAUAAUGUAAAUAAUUUUAAGAAAGUAGUAAAGAAAAUAUAAAAGCAGAUUUUAGGUUAUAUAAUAUCAUUUACAUAUG